ACAGAGACACACACACUCUCUCUCAGACACACACAGACGGACAACAGUGCUGAAGUAGACAACUCAUCGGAAGAGACAAGUGAUCGACUGGUCGGAGGAGAGACAGACAGAGAAGAGAAUACUUUUGAAACAGCGUGACGAUGCUGUGUCCUGCGUGGUUAUUGGCUGUGGCUGUGGUGGGUGUGGUCAGCGGGGUUAAAGGUCAGUGCUGGGAGAAUCCUCGCUGUCAAGACCUCAACUCUGAGAACAACAUCCUGGAGUGCAUCCAGCUCUGUCGUUCUGACCUCACCGCCGAAUCUCCCAUCUUCCCUGGCGAGGUCCAUCUCCAACCCAACUCCCCCUCUGACUUUCCUCCCCCCUCCUUACCUCUGUCCCCCCCCUCUCCCCUGUCCCCCUUGGAGCAGCAGAACAUCGUGUCCCCCCAGGCCAAGCGUUCCUACUCCAUGGAACACUUCCGCUGGGGGAAGCCUGUGGGAAAGAAGCGCCGCCCGGUGAAGGUUUACACCAACGGUGUGGAGGAGGAGUCCUCCGAGGGCUUCCCCAGCGAGAUGAGACGAGAGCUGGGCACCAACGAGGCCAUGUACCCCUCCCUGGAGCCUGGGGCUGUGGAAGGGGGAGAGGGCCUGGGGGGUGAGGCGGAUGGCCUGGGUGGGGUGUUUAGUCUUCAGGAGAAGAAAGACGGCUCGUACAAGAUGAACCACUUCCGCUGGAGCGGACCGCCUGCCAGUAAGCGCUAUGGAGGGUUCAUGAAGAGCUGGGACGAACGCAGCCAGAAACCACUGCUCACGCUGUUCAAAAACGUCAUCAUCAAAGACGGACAGCAGAAGAGAGAGCAGUGAGGGAGGGAGAGAGGGGAAGGGAGGAUAGGUGAGCUGAAGAGGGGGGAGGGAGAGAGGGGAAGGGAGGAUAGGUGAGCUGAAGAGGAGGGAGGGAGA